CACUGUGUUAUGAAAUGAACUUAUUUUAUGAGGGCUUUGUUGAAAUAUACAGUCAAAUAUAAAGCUGAUUAUCUAAAUAGACCUCAAAAUAUAAUUUUUCUGUCAAAUACUAGACAAACCUAUUCUAAUUAUGACAUUAAAGCAACUACCACUUUAUCUACCAAAAGCAACUGUUGUGUCCUCUCCAGAAAGUGGCAAUUCUGCUUGUAAUUACAUUAACUGGUCCACAGACGAAAAAGAGUUCACAUAUGUGCAAAGAAUGAAUAUAAAAUGUGGAUUACCUAAGCUGAAUACUUUUAGACCAACUUUUUAUUCCAGAAGAAAACUCUUGAGAAAAAUUCAGGCUGAAGAGGAUCAACCAUAUUCUGAUAAUGCUAUCAUGCUUGUCAGGGGAAGCACAACCAACAGGUCUGCCAAUUUAGUGGGGAAAAAAGACUUUAUGCCUGCCAUUUAUGGAACCAGUCUCUCACUGAGCAGCUUUUCUCACCAGACAUCACACACCUGUGGUUUGGAAAGUAAUUGUUCGGCUGAAAAGAAAUUUAAUUCACCAGAAGAUAAAAUUGGUACAGGAGGUGUUCUUACAAGUACAUUUUACAAGGACCAUUACAAAGCUGCAAUGGAACAGUUGGCUGCUCUUAACUUGUCAAAAAAUAGUAGGACGGCACAGCUCAAUGCAAAUAGAAGCAGACAAGGGCCAUUUCAUUCCUGGAGCUGCGCACAGAAUCAAGGCAAUACCUCAGUGAGCAAAGACCUCAGUAAGCCUUUGGUAGAAAUGCCGUGUGGCUCCAGUAAUGCUUCUUCAAACUUCAUCAACACUAAUCCUCUGGUACAUUCUUUUAUGAAGAGCUAUCACCCCGUUUCUUAUCCUGGAAGUCAGAAGACAACAUCGGAGAACUACUGCAGAAAUGGAGAUGGGGAUUUUUUCAAAAAAGCCAAUGAAGCCACUACUUCUGAAUCUUAUCCUGCUACACACAGUAGUAGUGAUGACAUGGUUUCCAUAUUAAAAUGGCAUUUGAAAAGAGGAAGUGGCAAUGGGGAAGACAAGCUUUCAGUAGAAGAAAAAGAUGUAUCUGAGAGUGAAAAAAGUAAAGCUUUGCUGAAAUACUUCAAAAAUGUGAACCUUAACCUAAAACCAGAACCUAUAGAAAAUAAAGAUGGAACUUCGUCUUCGAUUGAGAGAGAUACGUAUUCCUACCCUGAUUUUCUUCCUCCACCAUUUAAUACCUUGGAUUUACAAAAAAUGUCUUUAUCAAAGUGGGAUGACUGGAAAUUAUCCUUAAAUCCUCCACUUGAUGAAUCACUAGAUAAAAUAAUUUCUCGUCUACUGGAAAUGGAAAGAUUACAGCACUUGACUAUAUUAAGAGAAAGGAUAAAGGAGACUGUUUCUCCCAUUACAUGUAUUAACAAUCGCACUAGCUCCUCAAAAGGUGUAUUCCAACCAAAGCAAUCUGAUAUUUCAAAUACCCAGGCAGAUUUUGAUGAUUUUCACAGUAAUGGUCAUUGUCUGAAGGAAGCCGAUAUAUCAAAAUGUACUUGCCAGCACUAUCACAAUAAUAAGUGGAGUUCUGGAGUAUCAUCCUCGAUACAUUCAUCUACAAAGCACUCACAAACAUCCUGCAAGUGCUUCAAAGCUCCAGUAACUUUAGAAUCAAGCAAUGUAGGCACACAGAGGUCCCUAUCAUGUUCCAGAAGCUUUUCAAAAAUCCGAUCAGGUGUCAAAAUGACUCCUCCAAAGUCAUUGUCACCCAGCACAGCUGUAGCUUGCCCCUUACCUGACCAUGAAAAUUCAAAAUGUAAGCAGCCUAGGACCAAAAGAAAAUCUUGCAGAAAAAAUGGGGCAUUGACAAGUAAACCCUUGCAUUCUCAGAAGCUAAAAUCUUUAUCCUUUAUUUCAAAGCAAAAAUAUUCGCAUGUUGACCAGCAGUGAUCUGUUGAAUUCUUAUCAAGUGUUCAUUGGUAUUAUUUGAUCAAAAGCAGUGAGUGCCAGUACUUUUACAGCUGUGCAUAGUUUUUAAUCUGUAUUAUAUGAAAUUAUCAAUUCUUCUUGAAGAAACUUUUUGUGUGAAAUUUUAAAGAAAGUGAUAGCAAGAAUAAGUCCUCCCUUCUACCAGAUAAUAGUAAUUGUAAUCAGAGAACUCGUUUUUUAUAUUUUUUAAAAAUUGAAGGAAAUAAAGCCUAGACUAUUAAACUUGGGGUU